UGCACAAUCAAUUCUUCUCUCAAUUAGGAAUUAGCGACAAGUCCAAGCAAGAGGGAUGGAACGUAUCACCAAAUUAGAUGCGGUUUGGCGCAUGGCAGCUGGGACAAUGCUGGAAAUUUUGUGAAACUGAGGCUGAAAGUUCGCAAUGCCGCCACUGAAGAGAAAGCGCCCGCACACGGACGCCGGAGCAGGCCCACCUCCCCAAGAAACAGAAGUACCGGGUUCCGUUGCAACCCAGCAACAAACGCGGCGCGUCACGCGUCAUACGGAUGCCGCCGCCGCCUCCGCCCCGCCGAUCGUUCCACCACCUCCUUCUCCGCCAGCCAUUGCCCAAUCUCCGCAAGCGGAAAGAGGCCGGCCACCACGACAGGUCCAGCAGGCGGAACAGCAAUUGUCCAGCGAGCCCGUCGUUGCCGUGAAAAACAACAGCAGCGCUGCCGUCCGGCGGCCGGGACGCGGCCCGUCCCCACCCAACGACACCGAGAACAUCCCCAACUCGGAAGUUGCAUCCGUCCAGACCGACGCAACGAAGACGACGAGGACCGCGAGACACCCUAAAGUCGGCAGUGUCGGUGCUGCGCACUACAAGAUAGCCAACGGCCAAAGUGACGCGCUAGCCAGGUCCCCGCCGGCUUCGGUCAUACCGCCCGCACCUCGGGCAUCCUCUCACAACAAUACAGCAUCCAGGCUGACAUCAUCGACACAAGGCCAGCAAUCUGCUAAAUCAGGUCAAAGCGCAACCACCAUGGCCGCAUCGACUCCAGUACCCGCGACAGCGGCGACGACAAUGCCCAAGCAGCCACCGCCGUCCCCAGUAGCAUUCCAAUCACAACAGAGACUCCGACCCGGCGCUGUACCCACACCCGAGAAGCGCGGCUUCCGGACGGAUCGCAACAUCGACAAGGUCGUCCUUGGCAACGCCUGCUUUUCCACCUGGUACCCUUCGUACCAUGGCAAGGAGAUACUCGGCGAUGCGUCCGGGACUGCAGCCAGGGUGAUAUCAGCCGCGACUGACGCGACGACCGAAGUAGGCGCCGGCAGCGGGAAGGGCAAGAAUUCCGCCGGCAAGGAUGGAAAGGGGGGCAAGGGGAAGGGUCAGCAAGCGCGGCGCGAGCCGAUGAUCGACCGCCUAUAUGUCUGUCCAUACUGCUUCAAGUACUCCAAGGUGCUUCUGCAGUGGUGGAAGCAUACCGAGUUCUGCAGCAGACGGAACGAGAUUCCAGGGCGCAAGAUUUACGUACACCCCAAAGGGUCGAGGACGAUUCCAGUACCAGCACCAUCAAAACCUGGGCGGAAAAGGAAAUCGGACGGCGCCGACAAGGCGGCUGCGCAGACGAUACAAGACGAGGGCGAGUGGAGCAUCUGGGAAGUAGACGGAGAGGACGAAGUUCUUUUUUGUCAAAAUCUAUCUCUUUUUGGCAAACUCUUUCUCGACAACAAAUCCGUCUUCUUCGAUGUAGCAGCGUUCAACUACUACUUGCUAGUCUAUACACCACCGAGCGGUGAUGUCACAGGAGCGAACCAAGAAAAGUCCGGCAUCUCCGUCUCGACAUUUACUUACUCGCAUACCACUACUGCGAAUAAUACUACCACCACAACCACACCACGGAUUGUCGGGUUCUUUUCUAAGGAAAAGAUGUCAUGGGACAAUAACACGUUGGCAUGCAUCCUGAUAUUCCCGCCGUGGCAGCGCAAGGGCCUCGGCGCCCUACUGAUGGGCGUAUCGUACGAGAUAGCCCGCCGCGAGGGUCUUCUAGGCGGGCCCGAGAAACCAAUUUCGGAUCUCGGCCGCAAGGGCUACAGACGAUACUGGGCCGGCGAGAUUGCCCGGUGGCUGCUGACGGUGGGGCAUGACAAAGCUAGCCAGGACGGUCAGGGUGCCGACCACGACGACCAAGCAGAAGUGGUCGUGGACAUCGAUGAGUGCAGCAGGGCCAUCUGGGUUGCCGUAGAGGACGUCUUGCAUACGCUCAGGGAGAUGGAUGUCGCCGAGGACGCGGGCAUGGGCCCUCCGCGGGCUAGAUUAAGUCAUGCCAUGAACGACGAAAAUGAGGGCGAGGAUUCGUCGGGCCAGCAACAUGCAAGCGAGAAUAACCAGGACGUGCUCAAUGGGGAGGAACACAACAAGCACCCCGUGAAACAGGUGCGCAGAGUGAGGAUAUCAAAGGCUCGAGUACGGCAAUGGGUCGCCGCAAACCGGAUCGAUCUGACGAGGCCAUGCGAUCCAGAAGGGUUCAUAGGGGACGAGGGAGGCACGUCGGUCAAGCCGACGGCAGAGCAUGAUGACGACAUGUCAGCAUCGGCUUAAUGAAACAGCAUUACCCAUGUUGGAUCUGUACCCAAGAAAAAAACGAAAAAAGAAAAAAAAUAGGCAAAAAAAAGUAUUCGAAUGGCGCAAGUACGAAGUGUGAUCAUCGCUGCCCACGUAGUGAAUAAUGUCUUGAAUAGCUAGUCCAGAUCAAAAAUACAAUGCGUGUACGAAGCAAUUACGGAGUACAGCACAUGCAAUCUUCAGUGG